AACUGAUUAAUUAUCAUGAUGCAUUUGUAUUUUAAGAUAGAAAAACAGAAGCGGAUUGAACGGAUAAAAGAGAAGCGAGCCCAGCUACAGGAACUGCUGCUGCAGCAAAUAGCAUUCAAAAACUUGGUACAAAGAAAUCAGCAAAAUGAACAACAAAAUCAAGGCCCCCCAGCCUCAAACUCCACAAUACAGCUGCCUUUCUUAAUCGUCAACACUAGCAAGAGAACUGUUAUUGACUGCAGCAUAUCAAGUGACAAAUUUGAGUACCUCUUCAAUUUCGAUAACACUUUUGAGAUUCACGAUGACAAUGAGGUGUUGAAGAGAAUGGGAAUGUCCUUUGGGCUCGAGGAAGGCAAAUGCUCAGCUGAAGACCUAAGAACUGCAAAAUCUCUGGUGCCAAAAGCUUUAGAAGGCUACAUCACAGAUAUGUCUACAGGAUUGUCAUGGAUGAACCGAGGAUUACUUUCAAAUUCAGCACAAGCAGUUUCACAUUCAGAGAUAGUAGGAGGCACAUCUGAUUCAAAAUCAAGUGAGAAUCCAGGGUUGUGUUUGGAUACUGAAGUGGCUUUAGCAACUGGGCAGUUUCUUGCCCCUAGCAGUCAGCAGUCCAGUAGUGCAACAUCACGCUACUCUGAAUCACGGGGAGAAACUCCAUGCUCAUUCAAUGAUGAGGAAGAAGAGGAUGAAGAUGAAGAUGAUCCUUCGUCCCCAGAAUAAAGACAGUAAAAAUGGAUAUGCAAAAUGCUGCUCAUAUAUAUUCUUAAUGGGAGCUCACAUUUGGAUUUUACUUAGGUUCCUUGCCUUGGUUUGCACUGUGUUCAGUGAAGCAAAAUGGAAGCUCCAAAAUAAAUUAAUCCAAAGCUGAAAUUGGAAACUUUUUAUAACUGAACAGAGUGACAUGCAGACACAGAGCAAAGUGCUAUUUUUUAUCAACUACAACCAAGGAAAAGAACAAAGUCCCUGGAGAUUUGGAAAAGUAAACAUCAAGUUUGUAUUUUCCAUUUUGGGAUAUUCUGUUUCAAGUCUCUGUCUUCAUCAUAUCUUUACCAGAUGGGGAAGAAAAAGCCAAUUCUUGUGUUGUCUUUUGGAUGUUCUACCUUUGAAAAAUUAAAAAAAAAAAAAAAGGGGGGGUAGGAAGGGAGGAAGAGGGAGCACAUGAAUGUGCUAAAAAAGCUAUUUAAAACUAUCUUGUAUGAAAACUGUUGUAGGGAAAAGGAGCUGUUACAAUAUUUGCUUUUUUUCUGUUCAACUUGCUGUAUUGAAGAUUCUUAAAGUAAUAUAAAUUACAGGUUAUUAAAUCAAUCUUGGAUUAGCUUAAAUCCAUUUUAGAUACUCUAAAAGUAGCUUGUCUCCUUUGGAAAGGUUCGUAUGUUCGUUUGUACUGCAAACCUACCUUAUUACAAAUGAUUAUUAGCCAUUAUUAAGCAGUCAGCAUAGAAACAGUAUUCUCUGCACCAGCUUUUUUCAAGGAAACAAAAGUGGAAACAGUGAUGUACGGAUGACAGACCCAUGUAACUUCUCUUUUACUGUUCAAACAUUAUAAUCCAUUUGACUGUAUAGCACGUAUAUUAAAAAAGCAAAACAAAAGCAAAACAAAAACAAAAAGGCCUCUACCUAUUAAGGAUCUCAGGCAGUACGUUUUCAAGUGAGGUAAUGGAAAGUUCAGGUUUCUAGGAAAAAAUAAAUUUUGACAAUAUGCAAUUUUAUGUUUCGCAUUCUAGUCAUCAUGGAUUAUGAUAGAUAAUUUGCUUUUCAUUAACUUCCGCUGCACACACCUCAAUGCGCCUUUGAAAAACAUUAGUAUUGAACAGGUUAAAAUAAUUUAACUGAAAUUACACAACAUGAAUUCCCUUUGAACUGUUAAAUUAUACUUAAAACAGUAGGCUCCAUAUUCUGUGUUUAACAUCACAUCCACUCACAAAGACCUUUUUGAAAAUCCUUGCAUAAUAGCAAAGCACUGUAGAUGUACAGUUCUUGUGUGUUCCAAAGUCCAAUAUUUUAACUAGCCCCACAGUUACUAUUUUCAGGUAGGCAAAUGAAAAGUAUUUCUUCUUAGUUUCAUACUGUAUGUCAGUAGCUGACCUUUUUCUAAGUACCAGUAUAGUACCUGUCAGAUCUCAGUGGCAUAGCCUCUGUUAUUUAAGGAUUAGGCAGCUUAGUAUUUGCUUGAGCAGUGGCAGCACGUUGCAGCCACUGACUGCUGCAGCCGUUACUCAGGCAGGUUACUGCGUCCACCUCAGCUUUCACAAAGACACACGCAAGCCAGCGUGUCCCAAAGCACUCAGCCCGAGAUAGGAAGGUGAACCAGCACUUCAGCUAAGAAGAUGGUUGUUGUACAGCUGUUAGCACAUGCCUAGCUACAUACAGGACGGGUAAAACUGCAAGAAGCAUACAAAUACAUCUGCAUAUUCACAUUAAAAAAAUCAUCCACAUCAAAACUUUUGUAGAUGGUUUGAACUCCUGCAUUUAACAUCAGGGCAGCACCAUUUUUAAGACAUACAGCUCUUCUUUGAGAAGGCAGAGCAAUCUAGCUUACACAAAUGAUAUGCAAAUGCAGAAAUGAAAAAGAAAAACCCAUAUGCCUACUCUGUUAUUCACCCUCCCGGCAAGACUGUUACACUGCCCUAUGCACAUGGCUCGCAGGCAACAGCAGGCUGAGGUUUACACCACCUCACUGCAACCAAAUCUGUAACACUACCUCUAUACGGAGAAAAGCUUUACCAAGAGAAAACUGUGUUCUCACAGAGAGAGUCAAUGUACUCGUCUAAAAUGUGAGGUAAGACGGCAAGAUGCUCUAGACAUACCGUUAGCUACAUGAAUGGCGCUUCAUUUAAACAGGCAGUUGCCUUUAUUCUUAAAAAUAUAUUGUCCUAUCAGCUUCCAUUGGACAGAGCAGAUGGAAGAUACCUGACGUACACAGGACAUCCUGAGGCACUUUAAGAGGGGGGAGCAUUUUCUCAAGUAAUUACUCCUCACCCCUCAAUACCUUAUGGGCAAAUCUACCUGUAUGCUUUCUUCACGUUUCCCACUCAAAAUCUCAUAAAAAGUAAAAACAGCAAAACAUUCAACAACAACUGAGCUUGAGGCACUUUGAACUAUAAGAUGUUGGCCAAAAAAAAAAAAAAAAACUUCUUAGACCCAGAAAUGGAAUAUAUUUAUUAUGUAUUUUAUUAGCAAUCAGAGUACUUUGCGGGAGGAAGAUCUUCAGUGAUACUUUGCUCCCAUUGAUGUCUGCUUCCAUCAGCACAGCAGCCUGCACAGCUCCUUGCUCUCUAGCUAACUCAAAGCUACCAACUUUUUUUUUUUUCUUCCUAAUUUUCAGCUUAGGAGCAUGUAACAUUUAGGCAGUUGAACAGAGACUAAGUUAUUUUUCUGAACUAGUAGAAUACAGAGGACAAAACAAGUUAGAACACUUAGAAACUUCAAAAGGAAAUUCUUUCCUUAGGAUUCUUUGUGCCAAGUUACAGCUGAGGAUGGAGUUCAACUACACUGUGUUCCUGUGGUUACACCGGAGUCUGAGAACCAGGAGAGCUCUGGGCCUUAUCCAGCCAAAGUCACUCAUGUACAACCUGAGGCACGCCUUUCAGUCUUUCUUGUUGAGCUUAAUUGACAUUAAUAAAUACAGUUAUGUAGGUAGAUGCAGGACAGGACCUCACUAAAUACUGAUGAUGUUGCAUCUGCCUUAAGCUCUGAGUAAUUAAUGAACAACAAAGGGAUUAAGAAUACUAACCAACCCCGCUGCUCCCACUAAGCUAGUGGCAGCAGUGCUCAGCUGCUUCAACACAGCAGCCUUCCCUGUGUCAGCCAGCAGCUGGGAUUUUUGACAAUCAAAGUCAGUAGCAAGACAGGCUCUCUCAUUUUCUAGUCAAGUACCACAGUUUCUGCUUUCUUGUGCCGAGUAUUCACAGAUACAAAGCAGUGCAGCUGGCACCAGAAGGUGAUUCAUACAAGGCAGAGUUAGUAUUGAAUCUUCAUAGAAGUUCUAUUUGACAUCUUUCUGCCCCUUGUUAUGCUAUUUAUGAAUGCUUAUACAUUCAGCAAUGUAAUGCUGUGUAUAAAUACUAUUUUACAUAUUGCAGUAAAAAAAAAUAUCUAAAUUUGACUUAAGGAAAACACAGCAGCAUCACGAACCAGAUGAAAGAAUCACGAGCAGGAGACAGCAUAAUUUUAGCAUUUGAAACUCUGAUAAAACAUCUGUGGAUUUUAGUUUUAAAACUUAUAUUGCUACAUGUGAAUGUUCUUAAUUUGAUGGCACCUCAUCUAAGACAGCACAUAUAUUUGAGUGAAGGUUAAAGCAAACAAUAUCCAUUUAGCUGCAGUAACUAUUUUAUCUAAUUUAAACUGCCACACACCACAGCUUUUUAUUUCCAUUCAUUCCAUUUUUAUUUCCAUUCUGGCCGUAGCCCCAUUCCCAGCUGGAAGUUGCUGAGUAUACAAAAUACCAACAGAAGGACUCACGCUGAACACCAAGUCAGCCUGACACAGCAUGAUGUACAUGGGCCUACCAACCCAGCAUAUUUUAAAAACAAACAAAUAAGUUGAUACAUAAAAUGAUGUGUGAAUUCAGAACUCGACUGUUAAGGUUAUAAAUGCCAAGUGCUCUUUUACUGACCACACCCAAUACUUUAAAUGAAGAGCAUGGCUGAAACUUACUCACAUUUGCAAUUAAGCACCAGGCAGAACUCAUUUUUCUAAUUAGCUGCCUUCUUUCAGCUGUAAGUUAUCCAGGCACUUUAUAGAGAAGACUUUACUUCUAAUGAGUUUGGAUUCAUUUAAAAACAAAGGUUGAGUGUUUAGUAAACAAAUCAGUUCUCUUCUGACUGACCCACCUAAUUUGCAUUUUCAUUAACCUAAUUUUCAUUGCAAGAAUACCUCCGUUUCAGGAGCAUGUUUUAAGUAACCAAAUAUAAUGAAACUGGGAAGAGACUAUGAAAUUUUUUACAUUUUAAGAAUUCUCAUCAUAGCCAUAUUUCAGGGCAACAUCUUUCUGCUUCCUACACACUUACUUCAUCUUAAAGGGAGAACUUUUCCGCUGGCUGUUCUUCACAUCAAUCCCAGUACCCUGCAACUUCUUGAACAGAGUUCAUAGAUUCUCUCUCCUGCUUAUCUGUCCAUUUACUUCAGUAUUAAGUGUUUUUAAGAGACCACACAGGGCUGUUACCAGGACCCAGGCACACUGCCACAACCAACCUUGUUCCCAGUGGUUCCUUACCAUCCUCCCAGCUCAGCAGAGCUGCUCACACAGACACUGCACUCUCCACAGGUCCCUAUCUGGGCAGCACUGACUGUUACCCCCCAGUCCAUCCUGCUCCAUAGGUCACCCAGCCAGAACAAAUGGGUUUUUCCCACUUAGAUCUCUUCGACAGUAUCCAAUAAUUCAGGAUACCUGCCUAAGUCACAAACCAGAAAUCCCUGUUCAGAUUUGGGCAGAAAAAAGCAUCUUGGUUAGAAUGUGGUACUCCACUUAAUUUUCAGACUUCAUAAAUGCCGGUUUUAAAUGCUUAACCCCUUCCAGGCUUAAGCACUUCAGACAAGCUAACAAGAAGCAGCUGCAUACAAUUUAAACCCAGCUGUAGAUUUAAAUUAAACUCAUCUAUGCAGUAUUCAGGGAACUUUUCCCAAGACAAAACGAGCCUUUCCCUGCAACCUGUUUCGGUAGUAACCCACACUGUUACUCAGGCUGAGUGAAACACACUAAUUCCAUAGCAGUGUCUGGAUGAAGAUACUUUACAGAUCACAUGCAGUUAUCCUGAACGGCCAGAAAAUAAAAAUGUUUACCAGAAAAGAAAGUCCACAAAAUCAGUCUCCAUUUUUUUAGUGGAUUUGCUAACGCUGUAAUGUAACAUUAACAAUUAAUAACUUGGUUGCAGCAUUAUGCAGAUUAAUUGGAUCUCCCAGAACCUCCCUGGUAAAAUACCAGCUGAACCAAAAAAAUCCAUUGCACAAGCUUCAGAUACUUCCCCUUCUCUCUAAAACCAGGUUGUAUAUAUAAAAAAUACUUCAGAUUAGAGAGGUUUUGAUAAAAACAUGCAAAAAAUGACGACCCUGUACCUCACCAGACCUGUGGUGAAUGAAGCCAGAAAUGCUACUGACCCAAGCCCAACACACGCUGCUGGCACUGCCCUGCACAGCUGGCAAGGAAGCUCCCUGCAGGGGCAAACCAGUGUCAGCCAUGAGCUGAGCAGCUCCCCAUCGCUGUGCUGCUGGAAUUGCACUUGCUGACACCUGUUACGUUCUGCAUGGAAGUGCCUUGUACCAAUACUUCCUUUUUCCACUGAGAACACAGAAACCACUUACAUGAAACCAUUUUAAGUGAAGUACAUGAAGACUUUUAAGAAGGAAGCCUGUUGUAGACAAAGACUGUCUACAGUCUUAAUGCUGUGCUUGAAGUCUGUAAACCUGCCAGGGGUAGGGGGAGAAGCACUAGCAUACAGUUCACGAUGAUGGAAACGGUGGCAAAUUCUUAGUUUCAGUCAGUUGUUCCUUAUCCUGGUACUCUUAUCAGCUUCCUCCUCCCAACCAUGGGCACAAACAUCAGCAGAAACAUUCCUCCCUCCUCUUGUGCUCAAUUCCUGUGUCUUUGGGAAAGCCCAAGUUGUUGCUUAGUUUUUUAAAUAAUUUUCUGUGGAUUUCUGAAUUCUCCAAAUACCUUUAAGUUACACAGUGACUUAUUUUUAUUUUUUCAGGACUGCUAUUAAGUGAUCCUGA